CAAAUAAUCUGUUAGUUUGAUAUAUUGGUUUUAAGAAAAACUUGGUGGACAAGGUUAAAGGAAGGAUAUUAUAAAAUUAGCAAACCAGUCAAAAGUUGAAAUGCUAGUUUCUACUUUCUAAUAUUUAACUGCCAAUAACAAUCACACAACUACGUUGAUUCUUUGAUGAUGUCUAGUUCUAGAAUCCUCUGAUUGUUCACUUUUAUAUUUGUUUACUUAUGGGAUUAGUUUGCUGAUGGUUUCAUUACAAUAUUUUAUCUAGUCUGGAAGCUUCAUAAUCAUAAUUUUCCAACAAUAAAUUAAUAUAUAAUCCCAUCAUCUUGCCAUCUGCAUAAUGAUGCAUUCAUGCAUAUAUAAAAUGGAAGAGUCUCAGCCACUUUGUUCACACACACACACACAUUGAGAUUGAAGCUCUCUCAACAUGAAGUAUAUAACUCUAACAAGGUUCGCGGCACGAGCUCUGUCUAAUAGUGGCCGGAACUAUCAGUGCCGCUGCUUCUCCUCCUCCACCAUGCCUGAGAUAAAGGAUCAGCAGCACUCGGAGGAGAAGAAGAGCGAAGUCAACAACAACAAUGGUGUGGUUUCAAGUUACUGGGGGAUCACAAGGCCAAAGGUUAAAAGGGAGGAUGGUACUGAGUGGCCUUGGAACUGUUUCAUGCCAUGGGACACUUACCAAGCAGAUGUGUCCAUUGACGUGAGCAAGCACCAUGUGCCAAAAUCCUUUGCAGACAAGUUUGCAUACAGGAGUGUCAAGUUUCUUAGGGUUUUCUCGGAUUUGUACUUCAAGGAGCGGUACGGGUGCCAUGCCAUGAUGCUAGAAACAAUUGCAGGUGUCCCUGGAAUGGUAGGAGGGAUGUUGCUGCACCUCAAGUCUCUGAGGAAGUUUGAACACAGUGGAGGUUGGAUUAAAGCACUGCUUGAGGAGGCAGAGAACGAGAGGAUGCACCUGAUGACCAUGGUGGAGCUUGUGAAACCCAGCUGGCACGAGAGGCUUCUUGUUAUUACUGCUCAAGGAGUUUUCUUCAAUGCUUUCUUUGUGUUCUACCUCAUCUCACCAAAAGCAGCGCAUAGGUUUGUUGGGUACUUGGAAGAAGAGGCUCUCAUCUCUUACACACAACACUUGAAGGCAAUUGAGACUGGCAAAGUCCAGAAUGUCCCUGCUCCUGCUAUUGCAAUUGACUAUUGGAGGCUUCCUAAGGAUGCAACUCUCAAGGAUGUUAUUACUGUCAUUCGCGCUGAUGAGGCUCACCAUAGAGACGUCAAUCACUUUGCUUCUGAUAUUCAUCAUCAAGGAAAGCAAUUGAAACAGGCUCCAGCACCUAUUGGCUAUCAUUGACUCAUUAUUUUUGUAUUCUUGGACUAAAAAAAUAAAAACUAGCUUUUGUUUUCUUUACCAUUUUUGAAAGUCAAGGUUCAAUAAAAUGUAUUCCCAUUUUCAGUGUGCAUUUUGAGACCUAAAAUAAAGUUUAGAGAAAACAAAAAUAAAAAACCAAAACCUCCUUCCAUUCUCC